UUUUCUUCAAAAUAUGACUAAUAUCGCUGUUACACGCAAUCUCACGUGUCAAUUAAAUAAUAAUGAGACAUCACCAAGUGAUUUUCAAUUAUGUGCUAUUCGUUUUUAUAGAGGUUUGAAUGGAUCGCAAGAAAUAUCGUUCACUCUAUACAAUGGUCUUCGAUAUAUGAAUACAUUUCGUCGAUACAUUCAAAAAUACUGUGGCGGCGAAAGUGCAACUAUAUCAGAUGGAGGUACCGGUGUAUGGUCAUGUGACGUAAGACUGCCAUUCGAAUCGUACACAUCUAUGCAGAUCUGUGUUUGUGCAAGUGAUUACUGUAAUACAAACUUCGAUACUUGUCGAAAUUCAACUAUGAAUACUACGAAUAUGUCAUCAUUGAUGGAUUUUAUGCCUAAUCUAACUUCCAUUAUUCAAUGCGAUGAUACAUUGAAUGCAUCUAAUACAUGUACAGAAUAUCCAUUUAUAAAUGUUUCGUCUUGUCAAGACUAUAUUAGAAGUACAAGUGUAUUGUGUGCUAUUACAAUAAAUAAUUCAAUGACAACACAACAAUCGCUCAUUUAUGAAAAUUACGAAAUUUAUCUUUCUGAAAAAGUUUAUCAAGCGAUAUCAAUAUUCAAUAUGUUUUUUAAUAUUGUGCUUAAUGAAACAACAAAUAGCGUCUACUUCAAGUAUACUGAUCUUGCCGCCAGACCUGUUGAAGAAUGUGUUUGUACAAAUUCUCUUUGUAAUCAAAAUAUUACCAUAUGUCCAUCACAAAGUACUUUACAAGUUGAAACAACAAUAUCAACAUUUCCAUCUACGGACACUUCCUCAGCAAAUUUCACUACAGAUACGUCUGCCUUAGUAGAGCUCUCGUCAAUGUCAAAUUCUAUAUCUACAGUUACCACUACUAUAGAAAUGUCUACAACGGCAACAUUUUCCACAUCAACUACAAUAACCUCCACAACAACAACAUCUUCCAUAUCAGCAACAACAAAUUUUACAACGACGACAUCUCUGACAUUAACUACAACAACAGCCACAGAUAUCAUAUCAUCCACAUCAAUUAUAAUGAUCGACACAGAGAUCACACAGUCUACACCAAUGACAAUGGCCGCCACAGAGAUCACACUAUCCACACCAACUACAGCAAUCAUCACAGAGGUCACACCAUUCACACCAACUGCAACAGUCGUUACAGAGAUCACACCGUCCACACUAACUGCAACAAUCGUUACAGAGAUCACACCGUCCAAACCAACUACAGCAAUCAUCACAGAGGUCACACUGUCCACACCAACUGCACCAGUCGUUACAGAAAUCACACCG